UUACAAUACUGCGGCGGGCGUAGUCCAGUCCGAAUUAUACACUGUAUUGCACGUAACGUGAUAACGUGGCCUCUUGUGAAAUAUACGAUUUAUACAUCGUUAAUUUAGUUCAUUUAGUUUUUAGUACGACCUAUUGAAGUGGCCGUGUGGUUUUAGAUUUUCGUGUUAAAGUUUUUUAGCAACAUCAAAUUGGUAUCGAUAUGGCGGAUCCAGAUGUGAAUCUGAAAUUUGAGACGAUGGAAGCCGGAGAUUUUAAAGAUUUUGCCAAAGCUAUGACUGAUUACAUAGCAGAAUAUUUGGAAAACAUAAGAGAUAGGCAAGUAGUACCAUCAGUGAAGCCAGGCUACUUAAGGCCCCUCGUACCAGAGCAGGCUCCCAAUCAACCAGAGCCAUGGACUGCUGUCAUGGCCGAUAUCGAACGAGUGGUUAUGUCCGGGGUAACGCAUUGGCAUUCCCCGCGGUUCCACGCCUAUUUCCCUACGGCUAACUCGUAUCCGUCUAUCGUGGCCGAUAUGCUUAGCGGUGCUAUUGCCUGCAUCGGCUUUACAUGGAUUGCAAGCCCGGCAUGUACUGAGCUGGAGGUUGUGAUGCUAGACUGGUUGGGCCAAAUGUUGGGGCUGCCAGAGACGUUUUUAGCUCGUUCUGGAGGAGAAGCCGGAGGCGUUAUCCAGGGUACGGCUAGCGAGGCUACACUCGUUGCGCUGCUCGGUGCCAAGGCUCGGAUGAUGCAGCGUGUUAAGGAGUCACAUCCUGAAUGGACCGAAACAGAAAUACUUUCGAAACUUGUCGGAUAUUGCAAUAAGCAAGCACAUUCAUCUGUGGAAAGAGCUGGUCUUUUGGGUGGGGUAAAACUCCGAUCAUUGAAGCCGGAUUGUAAACGGCGACUACGUGGUGAUAUAUUACGUGAAGCCAUGGAAGAAGAUAUACGCAAUGGGCUUAUUCCAUUUUAUGUAGUCGCCACUUUAGGUACAACAUCAUCUUGCACCUUUGAUGCGUUGGAUGAAUUAGGCGAAGUGUGCAACGCGCAAGAUGUGUGGUUACACGUGGAUGCUGCCUAUGCUGGAUCUGCAUUCAUCUGCCCAGAAUUUCGUUAUCUUAUGAAAGGCAUUGAGAAAGCAGACUCUUUUAAUUUCAAUCCCCAUAAAUGGAUGUUAGUGAAUUUUGACUGUUCUGCAAUGUGGUUGAAACAACCACGGUGGAUCGUUGAUGCCUUUAAUGUAGAUCCACUUUACUUGAAGCAUGACCAGCAAGGAUCGGCGCCUGAUUAUCGACACUGGCAAAUACCUCUUGGACGUCGAUUCAGAGCUCUCAAACUUUGGUUCGUUUUGAGAUUAUAUGGUGUGGAAAAUCUGCAAAAACACAUCAGAAAACAUGUUGCUUUGGCUCAUCUCUUUGAGAAGCUGUGCACUUCGGAUGAACGAUUCGAGAUUUUUGAGGAGGUAAUAAUGGGUUUAGUUUGCUUCAGACUUAAAGGGAGCAACGAACUAAAUGAAGAGUUGCUGCGACGUAUUAAUGGGCGGGGAAAAAUUCAUCUUGUUCCUUCAAAAAUUGAUGAUGUCUAUUUCUUAAGAUUAGCUGUUUGUUCUCGAUUUUCUGAAGAAAGUGAUAUUCAAGUGUCCUGGGAGGAAGUUAAAUCAUCAGCAGAUGAAGUCUUGAAAACUUUCAAAAACAAUAAGCCAUAAGAAACAAUAAGAAAUUUGAAACAAAUAUUAUUAGAACGACAACUAAAAAUUCAAUGAUAUAAAAUUCAGAAUUAUCCUCAAAUCUCAACAAGUUAUAGAGCUAAUUAUUAUUAUUUGUUUAUUAGUGAUUAUAUGUGCACAUAUGUGUGUUCGUGUGUUAAUAGUUAAUGAGAAUACACCUAGUAAUUUAAAAAGUAGAUGCCUAAUUAUAACAUAUCCUUCUUCUAAUAAAAUAUUUUUUUUUACUUAAAACUCAAUUUGGCAACAUAAAACAACUACCUAGUUGUAAUUAAUUUACCUGUAUUCAUAAAAGACAGAUUCUAUAUAGAUUUACUAAAUGCCAUGUGAAUUUGACUUAUGUUGACUAUAUUAGGUAUGUACUUUUACUAUGGUUAUUGCCUUGUAUCUACUAACUUAGCUUUAAAAUAUACUUGGUGUUGUCAUUAUUACAUAACAUAAUAUUAUUCAAUAGACAUCUACUGUACCAUUAUAUUAAAAUUUACAUAUUAUUUACAUUUAAUAUAUUAUUAUUAUAACGAAUCUACAUGUAGAAAGAAUUAAAAUUCCUAGUAGUUAAAUAGUAAAUUUAGCUUACAUGAGUCUUUGUACUCGUAGUUGCACUUUUCAUCUUCUAAUGUGAAUAUAUAGAUUCUAUUAACACCUUCACUAUUACUACAAGAAUAAAUAAUUCUUUUUAUUACGCUAUUGCGAUACAAGGGCGAAAAUUGUUGACCAGUGGAUAAAUACAAGUGGGACUUGUUUCUUUCAACACUAAUGUGAUAAAGUAUUCAAGUAUAAUUAUUUUUAUUAUUCGUAUCGUUGCAAUUUGGGAACAAAUUUUAAAUAUGUAGGUACUGUAGUAGAUAUACUCACAGAGUACAUCUACUGAUGACUAUGUUGUGAUGAUCAAAUGUGAUUUAUUUUGUAAAAUAAACUUCUCUUGUAAUUUUUAUAUUUAGUUUGUAAAUUAUUACUUAUGUGAUAAGUUUUGACCAAUUAUUAUAAAUUUACCUAAGUACACAUUUAUAUAAAAAUAUUCGUGAAAUAUCCGAGACAAUAGGUAAAAGAUAAUAAAAAAAAAUAGUUAUACAUUAUUUAUAAAUAUCUAAUUGUCUAUUUAUUGUAUGAAUUAUAUGGAGUAUUCCAAUAUGAUAA